AUGUCAGCACCUGCUCCUGCAAUUCUACAGAUUACUAACGACCGUCUGGGCAAGGUGGAUGCACAUGUGGCGAAGAGCAGGGCUUUCCAGUUGACAGCCGAGGAGGAUCGUGCAGCUCCUGACGUGGUGAUAGGAUCGUUCCUUGUGAACAAUAUUCAUGCAUUGGUAUUGUUUGAUUCGGGGGCUACCCGAUCCUUUGUGUCGCUUGUGCUUAGCAAUAGGUUUGUCGGAGCUCCAGGGGAGCUGGAUUGUCCUUUAGAUAUUGAUAUUGCAGACGAUCGAUCUGUCCGGGUAGCGAGGGUUCAUCGGGGUUGUAUUCUCCAGCUGUUCAGCGAACAAUAUCUGGUUGAUUUGGUUCUCAUUCCUUUGUCUAGGAACAAUGUUAUUGUGGGUAUGGAUUGGCUGAGACCCAAUGGGGUGGUGAUCGAGUGUGAGCAGCGGUGCAGCUCUGGUAGCCAAAGCUCCGUAUCGGUUGGCUUCUCCUGGGAUGAAGGAGUUAUCUACAUAGCUGCAGGAGCUGUUAGACAAGGGAUUCAUUCGACCGGGAAGUUUACCAUGGGGAGCACCCAUCUUAUUUGUGAAGAAGAAGGAUGGGGUCCCAUCAUAUGUGCAUUGACUACCGGGAACUGA